GAUGAUUUUGUCGGUAUGUCGGACACCCCUGAGGGACUGCAACUGCAAAUUGACGCGGCGAAGAAGAUUACUGAUGAGUGGAGAUUGUCUGCCAAAGUUAAGAAGAGUGCCGUCAUGGUAUGCAACGAGAACAAGGACGAUUCAGUAGAACAUAGAUGGAAGUGGAGGAUCGAGGAGAUUGCAGUAGUGGACCAGCCGACUUCGGCUGGUCCUUCUGCCCAAAACAAGAUAUUGAGGCUCGACCCGAUUUUGACGUUUCAUAUCUCCGACCCCGUUCUGUACACAUACCUCGGAGUAGAGAUCGCAAAAGACUACUCGUGGAAUGCACAUAUGUCCAAGGUAGCGGAAAAGGACAAAACACGAGCAGGGAAGCUGCACCCAACACUCGCAGACCGGCACCUCGAUAUACGCAUCAAAUUGGAUUUUUUGAAGUGCGUAAUCGUACCGCCGCUAGAGUACGCCGGAGAAAUGAAAGCAGCGAAAAUCAUCCUAGGAUGCUCCACGCGCACAAGUAAUGCAGCCGUCAGGGCAGAAUUGGGGAUCCAAUCCCUACGGUCGGGAAGAGACGCGAGGAAACUGACAUGGCAGUAUCGCAUGUGCGGGAUGGGAGAGGAGAGGUUGCCGAGAAUCGUAUGGGAGGCGAAGUGGGCAAACAAAAAGAGGGGUAGACAACCCACGGAAUGGGUCAAGGUUGUAGAGGACGUAUGGAAGGGGCUCGACAUCGACGAAGAUGAAACGCUGGAAACGGAGGGGUUCAAGGAUUACCUACAUGGACCAAUGGAUGCAGCCACAAAGCUUAAGGUCAAAUUCAGGACCGGGGACAUAGGCCUUCGAGAACGUCGACGAAGACAUAGGACGGUAGACGACGAAGACGACGAGUUCAAAUGUGAUGGCGGCUUCGAAUGCGAAGACCGUGUUCAUGUAGUCGCGGAACGUCCGUGGUACAAGAAGGAGAGGGAAGUGUACGUGACUGAGCUGGGAAAAAUAGAUGGGACGUACAGGGAGAUGUUUGAGGCACGGAAUAGAGAGGAAAGGACGGUAGCUGUAGUGGGGCAUAGGAGGUGGGUUGAAAAGGCGGGAAGGGAUAUCGUUAGGAUAGACAGACUAGGGAAGACACUUUUGAGCCAUCUUUGGCACAGUAGGAGGGAACAUUUGGCCAUCGGUGAUCGGUCCUGUGGGAGCAAUGCUCCGUCCUCUCGAGGACGCGUGGUCAAUGGUCUAAC